AUGUCCCCAACUGAUGAGGAUAUUAUAGCUUAUGGACCUGUUAUUGGUUUGGACUUUGAGGUCUAAGACCGACAUCUAAAAUGGAUUGGAAAACAAGCAAUACAAGCUGAUCUUCCCUAGGGUUGGAGAGUCUUCCAGCUUAAAGAUGGCUAAAUUUUGUAUUUCAAUACAUUGAGUAAUGAAUACACCCUGUAGCAUCCUCUUGACCCCUAUUUCUAAUUACUAGCUGUAAGAGAGAAGUUUUUUCAUACUCAUGGUGUAUUAAAUGUGAACUAUAGAUCACCUCCUAAUUCAAAUGUAAUAGUAAGCACAGAGUGCAUUGAAAAAGCGAAUCAAGUAUUUUACGAUCUAUUUACACUUAAGUAAGAGCUAUCUAAUGAUUCAAUCAAGUUGAUCCACGAGAGAUAAGAGUAGCUUGAAAGGCAGUAUGAUAGAAUCUUACAGUAAAUGAGACAUUAGUCUGAAUCAGAAUAGAUCAAAGUAGAAGACAGUAUUUUAUAAUAAUUCAGCUAGAGAUCUAAAGAAACUCAGGAUAAGCUUAAAUUUAAGCAUUAACAGGAAAUAGAGAGGAUAUAAUUAGAAUAUUAACAGGGUUUAAUGAGAAAAAUAAAAGGGUUAUAGCAAUAGGCACAAAGAAAUAAUGGGAAUCAAGAAGAAUUUAGGUAGCUGAUAUAAGAUAUUAAAUUUAAGUAGGAGGAAAAAUACGAAAGAUAGAAGUAAUUCAUAAUGGAUGAGCAUAAGCAAUAAAGAGAUCAAUUAAAGAAAAGAAUAAAAAAUGACUAGAAUAAACUAAGAAAUGAAAUUAUUUAUUAGUAUAAGGAGAGAUGGGAGUAGCUAUAGUCAUAGUUCUAAAUUCCAAUAUAAAAAUUACUAGAGAUAAUUAAUAAGGAUAAAAAUCUUAUAAAAAUAUAAAAUGCAGAAAAGCUAAGAUCAGAAAAAACUGCACUUUAAAGAUACUUUGAAGAGUAAUUGGAUAGUAUUAAAGAUGAGAGUCAAGAUAUUCUCAAUAAGUAGAAGUAGCAUUUAACAAAUCAAUAUAAUUAGAUAUUAAUGCAAUCUCUUUCUAACUUAGAUCAGUCUAAGAUUUCAUUUGACAAGGACAUAGAAUAUUAUAAAAGAUAAAAAGAACAAGAAAUUAAGUCAAUUAAAAACUAGAUUUAGUUGGAAUUUGAAUUAAAACUCGAGAAGAUUAAAAGUUAUUAUGAGGAAGAAGAAAAAUAAAAACAAAUGGGAAAUGUGAUGCAGUAUAUUCAGGGUUUGAGAGAUCAUAAUGGAGAACUAAGAAAUUAAUUAGAAUAACUCGAGAGUAAUUAAAAGUAAAACAUGAACAUUGAUUGGAAUGGUGAUGUUGGCUAAUCUAGAAGCUAGGGAAUAAGCAAUAAGAAUAAUUAGAGAAAAAAGGAAAACACAGAUUUCAUUACUAUUGGGGAUAUUGACCAAGUAAACUAUAGAUAAGAUUAAAACCAGCAAAUUAAUCAAAAUAAUAAUGAGGAUAUGAAGUAAUACUUUAGCCAAGAUCUGAGGUCUUAGUUGCCAUAGAAAAAUUUAAGUUAAGAGUUUAAUAAGUUGCAGAAUAUCACUAAGCCUCCUUUGUCAAAAUCACCAACACCUUCUCGAGGAAGUAGCAAUUUGAGUUUUAUCAGCCAAAAUAUUGGCCCAUCACUUCAUAUAAACUAGAUUAGAGGAUAGUACUAUAAAUCAUAAACUCCAAGUGCUGAAUCGUCUCAAGUAAUUUCAGCAAAGGUGUUAAACUUUACUGAUAUGUCUCCUGGUGGAAUAUCAAUGGACAUCAUAGACAGAUAUCAAAUGAAAGAAAUAAGAUAGUUUGUAGCAAAUGAACUCUUUAAAACUCAAGAGAGAACUUAAAAGCUGUAUAAGGAAUUUACCCAAACCAAGUAACUUAAAGAAGAAAUCAGGGAGAUAAAUAGAAGAACUGAUCUCGCCAGUUUAGAAAGUAACUAGGCAAAAGUUAAAAUUGUCCAAACUAAUCAUGAUUUGGAAGUAUAGUUCAAUAUUCUUAGAUAACAGAUUAAGAAUCUCCAGGCCAAAAAUGAUAUCCUCCUCAGAAUAAAAGAAAAUCUGAAGAAGCAUUCAAACUCACUCACUCAACAUGAAAGAUAGAAUUUUGAAACCGAGAUCUUGAAUGAUUAUAACUAUCUCAGAAACAAAACCAGAUAAGAUAAUGAACGAGCAAAGUAAUCUUUAAAUAGUUCAGCUUUGAUUCUGAAUUAAACACCAGAGAGUUCUGAUAUUACAUAAAUCACAGGGCAGACAGAGUAUGAUAGACAUUAUUAGAAAUGGGAAAAGAUAAUUAAAAGUGGUACUGGAGAAAAUCAACUAAAUUUUUUUAAUGAAUAUGCAGUGGCUAUGCUACCCAAGGAAGAUCUUGGAAUAAAAACCAUAAAUAGACUAUAGAAGGCUCUGAAGGAUCUAUCAAACAUGCCAAAACUUGAUAAAAUUGAUGGUUAAAAGUAAAGUACUGAUUAUAGAAUAAGAAUGUUCAAGUAAAAUGAGGACAGAUAAAAGAGCAGAGGCAUUCAAAAAGUUAUUGAAAGCUAAUUUUAGUUUUUAAAAGAAAUCAAAAUGGAACUAAACAGGCCUAUAGAAAUAAUAAGAUGA